AUGUUGCUACGUCCUGCCACAGCGCAGGACCUCCCCGCCAUCGCAGAAGUCGCUGCUCAGGCCAUGCUGGAUGAUGAGUUGUUUGAAUACCUGUGUCCAAGGAGGCGGAAGUUUUACGCCGAGUACCGACAGAGUUUUAUGCGCAGACUUCGCACCAAGCUCCUAUCUCCCGAAUGGCUGGUCAUUGUGGCCGUCGACACGUCGGCGCCGGUCGCGGACGGCCCACACUCAUCAAUGUCGAUCACGGGAUAUGCGGUUUGGGAACGCAUUGGAGAGGGAGCGAAGGACACCGUGAGGCAGUGGAAGGAGUCGGAUCAGGCGCCUUGGUGUGAUGACCCUUACAUCUCCCGCCUUUUUCCCGAUCGCAGCGUGGAUAAUGCUCGUUUGGCGGCCUAUAACGCCUUGUCCACAGAGUGCUUCCCCUGGGCUGCUUAUCCGAACGUGUGGUAUCUAUCUGUCCUCGCGGUUCAUCCCCAUCAUCAGCGGCAAGGAAUUGGCCGAAGUCUGGUGGAAUGGGGAUUAGAGAAAGCCCGUCAGGAAGAGCUACCGGUUGGUCUUGAAGCGAGUGCUAAAGGCACAUCCCUCUACGAACAACUCGGCUUUCGGACUGUGAACGAGGUGCAAUUAAUGCCGGGGAUCACAAUGACAGCAAUGCUCUGGGUACCUAACCUGGAAGUUGCCGAUACAUCCUUCGAUUAA